GAAGAGCUCCACCGAUCACGACAAUGAAGAGGCUGAGGUUUGGCGAGGAGCCGGAGGUGGAUGGUGCCGCCAUAGCCCAUGAGGUGAUGCUGCUGCUCGCCGCGCGGAGCGCCGCGAUGGGGGGCGGCGAGCCGGUGGCGCGGCCGCGCGCGUUCGAGUGCAAGACGUGCAACCGCCAGUUCCCGUCGUUCCAGGCGCUCGGCGGCCACCGCGCCAGCCACAAGCGGCCGCGGGGCGAUCCGAUCAGCGAGCAGGCGUCGGCGCCGGCGCCGGCGCCCGCGAGGAGGCACGGGUGCACGGUCUGCGGCGUGGAGUUCGCACUCGGGCAGGCGCUGGGCGGGCACAUGAGGCGCCACCGCGCCCACGAGCAGGAGGGGAGCGCUCACGAGCCGGUAGUCGCCGAGCGGGAGCCCGGCGAGACAAGAAGGGGGCUGCUGCUGGGCUUGGACCUGAACGCUGCUCCCGCUGAGCAGGCCCUGGAACUCUCUCUCUGGGCCUGACCGAACCAAGGACCGGUGGGCUGCUGUUCCUUGUGCGAUAGCUCCCCUCCUACUCUUCUCUAACCUAGGGGUGUGGUGUUUCUUUCUUGUACAAUACUGGUGGUUGUCAAUUGAUUGAUUUGGAUUUCCACCCCAAAAAAAAGAUUGAUUUGGGUUUGUGAAUUGAAAGGAUACAACAAGACUUUUCUUAUGUUAUGUCGUAA